UUAUUUACUCUGUUUAUGUGCUUGUGUAUGUGCCAGUACUAGCAUUCAGGAGGGAGGAUGGAAAAUGAGAGGUACUAACACCCUUAUAUCUAUAUGUAAAUAUUAUAUAUCAUCUUUCUUUACCCUUUCUCUUUAAUUUGUUUCGUCGUUAAAUAGAUAAACUAACGUGAUUCGCACGUGAUUGUACAUACGGCCUGAUUCAGAGUGGACGUCACCGUUAAAAAUGUCCACACAGCGACGUCGAUUACUACUUUUUGCGCAUCUGCUGGCGGAUUUCGCGCGUACCCGAGUACGCUUCACAUUAUUAUAACGAAAGGAUGAAAUUUUCGGGAUGGGAUUGCCUUUCAGCGUUCGUUGUGUAAUGUGGCUACAGUACCGCACACCGGAAAUUUCUGACCUUAUACGAGAGACGAGAAAAAGAAAAUCGAUCCUGCAACCAUCCCGACAAUCUCCUAUACUAGUUCCGUCUUACUCUCUUUCCGCUACUACCAUACCAUCUUACAAACUGUCAAUUAAUACAUAUAUAUAUAUAUAACCACCCCUAACUAUACCGACGUUUUCUCUCCCCCGUCCUCCUUACUAUUACUUUCGAUUCCGUUUCUUUCUAUCUCUGUUUCCUAUACUUUCUUACACUAUUUCUUACACUAUUUCUGCCUCCUCUCUGUGAAAUUUCUAUUAACCUCUGCAGAAUUUCUACUAACCUCUUCUUACUACGUCUGGCUAUGUCCCGCUUUCUUUUGUUUCUAGAUAUUGCAGAACCUACAAAAAAAACGCACUGAGCGGAGGGGGCGCCUAAGUUCUGACAAUAUGACUAAAAAGAAGUCCGGUUUCAGCAAAAGCGAACUUAUUUUUAAGUUCCUGAAUAUGGCGUCGGUGUUCAUGCGGAUUUUUAACCUGAUCUGUAUGAUGCUCCUGAUCGGCCAUUGGAGUGGCUGCCUGCAAUUCCUGGUCCCUAUGCUUCAAGGAUUUCCUAGUAAUUCAUGGGUAGCCAUUAACGAGUUACAAGACUCAUUUUGGCUGGAACAAUACUCGUGGGCCCUCUUCAAAGCCAUGUCGCAUAUGCUAUGUAUCGGGUACGGUAGGUUUCCGCCACAGUCCUUGACCGACAUGUGGCUCACCAUGCUCAGCAUGAUCAGCGGUGCGACGUGUUACGCUCUUUUCCUCGGACACGCGACGAAUCUCAUUCAAUCUCUCGAUUCCUCGAGAAGACAAUAUCGCGAGAAGGUGAAACAAGUAGAGGAAUACAUGGCCUAUCGAAAACUACCGAGAGAAAUGAGGCAGAGGAUCACAGAGUACUUCGAACAUCGGUACCAAGGAAAGUUCUUCGAUGAGGAAUUGAUCCUUGGGGAGCUGUCGGAAAAAUUGAGAGAAGAUGUGAUAAACUACAACUGCAGAUCGCUGGUGGCGUCGGUGCCCUUCUUCGCCAACGCCGAUUCGAAUUUCGUCUCGGAUGUCGUGACGAAACUCAGAUACGAAGUCUUCCAGCCAGGUGAUAUCAUCAUUAAGGAAGGUACAAUUGGUUCGAAAAUGUACUUCAUACAAGAAGGCAUAGUCGAUAUCGUGAUGGCAAACGGCGAAGUAGCGACCUCAUUAUCGGACGGGUCUUACUUCGGCGAAAUCUGUCUAUUGACAAACGCAAGAAGGGUGGCGUCGGUCCGAGCGGAGACCUACUGCAAUCUCUUCAGCCUCUCGGUGGACCAUUUCAACGCCGUACUGGACCAGUAUCCCCUAAUGCGCAGAACGAUGGAGAGUGUUGCCGCCGAGAGGUAUAAGCUUUGGCUAAACAAAAUCGGGAAGAAUCCUAACCUGGUGGCUCAUCGCGAAGAAGAUCUUGGCAGCGAAUCAAAAACGAUAAAUGCCGUAGUAAAUGCGCUCGCGGAGCAGGCCGCGCAUGCCAGCGCCAGUGAAGAAUCAGUACAUAGUAUGGAGCUCAGAAUGCUGCCGGCUUGCCUCUUGCCCAGACCAAAAUCUGAGAACAAUUUCGCGAGCCAAGAACUUACGAGGGAACGAAGGAUCUUUCACAAGAGCGACACUUUCCACAAGGAUUCGUAUCAAUGACGACACUCGUUUUAUUAGCAUAUGCAGAGAUACUAACGGCUCCAUGUUGGAAGAAUGAUAGAACUUAUCUCAUCGAUAGGACAACUAUGGUGGUUUUGUGCCCGGUGCUAGGGCGAUCCUAUAGCAACGGUCUAUACAUAGAUAUCGGCCAUGCCAGUAGUCCUUUAGCAAUCGAUUUAUAGCGCCUUCUUAUAUUAAUCUGACGGCAUUUUCGUCCAGGACCGCAAAACCACCGGGUCGAGUCCUAUACUCCAACUAUGAUACAGAUUUCCGCGAACAAAUAAACUUUAGUACAAUGAUAUAAAGAUCUUUAUGAAACAUAUAUAUCGUAAAAUAAUUCCGUGAUGGAAAGAAACGGUUUGAAGAAUAAAGGAAAAACUUUUACAAUUUAGGCCUCUUUAUCUUUCAAACUUGAUUCGACUCCUUUUAUUUAGAAAAGUGAUGACAAAGCGACUCCAAACAAUCGCGAAAUUUUAAUCUUUUACGAGCACAAAGAAGAAAAAAGAAGAAACAUCUGUAUCUCGGUUGGAGAACAUGGAGCCACGUUUUACGCCGUGUCUCUUCAUUGAGAACAAUCGCCGCGUCGCAUCAGAUGCAAUAUUAAAGAUGGAUGGACGCAGCGAAGAAUGAAGAUCUCAAAGACGACGAAGAGCAGGCCUAGAAAUUUAUAUAGAGAAUAUGUAGCCCACAUCAUGGGGAAAAAGUUAGGUAUAAUCCUAAGUAAAAGUGUAACGAUGCGUAAUUCUCUGUGAUUUUGCAAGUUGACGUUUCGCACCUUAGGAAAGAAGAAAAAACCAAUAUAAUCUACAUGAAGAAUUAGAUUGCUCUUUUUUUUAAAGCAACAACUAACAUAGAGAAAUCGUCGUAAGAUCAGAGUACUCCGAUUAAGUUGAUGCGAUUUAUCUUUAGCUUCGUACUAUACAUUAGAGCCGCGUAAAUAAGUGAAAAACGUAAUACUCCGUGCGGGGAAAGAAAUACAAGAACAAAAGGGGAAAAGGUUCACGUAAGAUGGGUUAAAAAUAUCUUAUCGGUGAAGGCUCUUUUUCUGAUUUCAGACGCGAAAUAAGUUUGCGUUCCAUGACUUCGCUUGUUUGAUAGAUCCUCCUUAUUUUGCUACGUUUCAUUUUGUAUUAUUAUAUAAUAACACUAAAGCCGCGAGUGAUGAUUAAGUGUUGCGACUCAAUGUCGGAUACAUUCGAUAGACCGUCCUGGUAUAGAAAUAUGAUCGGUAAGAAGGAAAUUACGGUCACGCAUUUAAGAAUCCAGAAAAAGAGAGAGAAAUGCGAUUAUAAGAAUUAAUCGGUUCCACAAAUCCUACCGAGGGCCUGAAGGCUGUGUUUACUUGUUGAGAGUUCUUCGGGCCGCUGUGGUUACAUGUCAAUGAAUGAAUUAUAAGCGUAAUGCGAGCAAAGUAUCUUUUUAUGAAAUGAAAACAAGAAAAAACGCGAUGUACUAUAAAAAAGCUAUAAAUACUAUGUAAUAAAUUAUUAUUAUUGUUACGAUUAUUACUUGCAAUGAUUACUACACCACUACCGCAUAAUUAGGCGACUAAAUAAAUUACCAAAAAAAAGAUACAGUUAUAUACAUAUAUGAAGUAUUAUGCAUAGUGGUUAAAUAUCGUGUUGCAAGAUAACCCUAUAAUGUUCAACUCUACGUGCGAAAUGGUUUGACACCGACUAAACCGAUACUUACGAACAGUUUAUACAUCAUAAUCCCCCCGGAGCUUAAUCUAUUGUAUUCCGUUUUAAACAACGUUUUAUAAAUACCAAUAUCUUCGAGGCCAAUUGAACCAUACCGAUCGAUCUCGCUUUACGUAUUUUAUAGACGCUAACCGAAAUCAAACAGAAUAUUUCAUUUCAAAUACCUCCUAGCAUUCGGCUAAAGAAGUUUUUAAGAGAUAAUUAUAGUACUAUUUAGUUUUUACAACUAUAAAUCCUAACUCAUACUCCUUAAUUCUUAAUAUCGAA